UGUGUGCCUUCACAUCUCCACAGUGUUCACGUUGUUGUAGUGCCACGACGAUUCAUUUGGACGCGUUUCCUCAGACCUCAUCUGGUGUUUGAUAUUUCUACAUUUUUUAUUUACUCAGUUUUGAUCCAAUAGAAGCAGCAGCUGCUCUGAUAUGGCCAAAGGAGAAGGAGGUGAACAGUACUCUAACGCCAGCUUAUUGAAUAAACCUGUCAGCCCGGAUGGAAUCAAGCUCGCGAGGAAGCAUGAUCGCAGUAACAGGUUGUCAGUCUGCAGCAAGAUAUGCUAUGCCAUCGGCGGGGCGCCCUACCAGAUCACGGGGUGUGCCCUGGGAUUUUUCCUGCAGAUCUAUCUGCUGGACGUAGCUCAGCUGGAUCCCUUCUAUGCCUCCAUUAUCUUGUUCGUGGGUCGUGCAUGGGACGCCAUAACUGACCCCACCGUGGGCUUCCUGGUCUCCCGGAGCCCGUGGACGCGUUUUGGACGCAUGCUGCCUUGGAUCCUGCUCUCGACCCCUCUGGCUGUGCUUUCCUAUUUCCUCAUCUGGUACGUGCCUCCCUUCGACGACGGCAAAGUCAUCUGGUACCUCUUCUUCUACUGCAUCUUCCAGACCCUGCAAACAUGCUUCCAUGUGCCGUACUCCGCCCUCACCAUGUUCAUCAGCUCGGAGCAGAAGGAAAGAGACUCAGCCACAGCCUACAGGAUGACGGUGGAGGUUCUGGGCACUGUUCUUGGUACAGCUAUCCAGGGGCAGAUCGUGGGCAUGGCCAACGCUCCCUGCCUCCCAGGACCUGGUGAUAUCAUGGCAGACCUGAGCAACUCCUCUCUGUCUGCUGGACUCAAUGACUCAGUGCAUGUCAUUUCCCUGGAACACACGAAAGCAGCCUACAUGAUAGCUUCAGGUGUCAUCUGCAUCAUGUAUGUCCUGUGUGCCAUCGUUCUUUUCUUCGGUGUGAAAGAGCUUAAAGAGUCAAGUCGUCCCAGGUCGGAGCCAAUGGGCUUCUUCCAGGGCAUCAAGCUGGUGAUGGGACAUGGACCGUACGCCAAACUGGUCAUGGUCUUCCUCUUUACCUCGCUGGGUUUCAUGCUCCUGGAGGGAAACUUUGCUCUGUUCUGCAGCUCCACACUGGGCUUCAGGAACGACUUCCAGAAUAUACUGCUGGUCAUCAUGCUCUCCGCCACUCUGGCCAUCCCCUUCUGGCAGUGGUUUCUGACUCGCUUCGGGAAGAAGACGGCGGUUUUCACUGGCAGCUUGUCUGUGGUCCCCUUCAUGAUCCUGGUGGUGUGUAUAAAGAGUAACCUGAUCGUCACCUACAUUUGCUCCUUCGCUGCCGGAGUCGGCGUGGCUUCAGCCUUCCUGCUGCCCUGGUCUAUGCUGCCUGACGUUGUCGACGAUUUCCAAGUGCAGAACCCCGAGUCCACCGGCCACGAAGCUCUCUUCUAUUCUUUCUACGUCUUCUUCACCAAGUUUGCCUCUGGAGUCUCCCUCGGCAUCUCCACCCUCAGUUUAGAUUUUGCAGGCUACAUCAGUCGAGGCUGCACUCAACCACAGGAAGUGGAUAUAACCUUGAAAGUGCUGGUCUCCGCCGCCCCCGUAGCUCUCAUCAUAAUCGGCCUGGUCAUCCUGUACUCGUACCCGAUCAAUGAGGAGAGGAGGCAAGGCAACCGCAAACUGCUGCAGGAACAGAGGGACAACGAGGUUGAUUCAGAAACAGACUCAACAGAACUGUCCAACAUGGUGUAGCACCUGUUAGAGAGCCACGGACCAAUCAGGUGAUGGACUGGCAUUUUGCACUGGGCGGGACCAACUUACCUGGGCCUGUCGGAUCAUACUGUACAGACACUGCCUCGUCCAAUCACAAUGCUGCUGAUCCAAGUCUACAAGACUCAAAAGUGUCAACGCUUCAGCCAAGCUGAGGCCUUACUAUAAAUAAAACAUCCUCCCUCUGCAGUUGUGACAUUUUCCCAGCAUGACGUUCACUCUCCUCUUUCGUCCAGUCCGAUCUCAAAGCCUUACUUUUUGUAUGAAACACGUCUUUUGAGUGCUGCGGAUAAAUCUUUUUUUAAGGGCUGGCCUUGUUCUCAGCUGAAAUUGCACAAAACUCUGAAAUGUGAUGGAGCACGUUGUGUCAGUGCUUCCAUUAUUGGUGCUACUCGCUGGAGCUGAACAGUCCUUGAACUUGGAGCAUUAACGACAACGCUUUAGUCCUGAACAUCGAGAGAAACUUGAACAAUCGGUGACGACGCCUUAACACGCCUCUCUCUGGGGUCAGACAUGAUUAACUGACAAACUAAUCCUCAUGUCAGUUGCUUGCUCGAGUCAUCGACUUAAUGUUUAUUUUUGAACGUGUUAAAAUGUGUUUUGUAAUUUUUACAAUUAAUCCUCAUUGUUUACGUUCACCAGUUAGCCAGUUAGUUUCCAUCUCAUUCCCACUGGCUUUGUUUUGUUAAAGAAGCCUUCAUAAUGUGAUGCUGGAGCAGAGCAGCAACGCCAUCAAACUAAAACCACUACAACCGUAAACGCACUUAGUUUGCUAUUAUGUGACUUAACCUGAAAACACACUGGCACCACCACGGCGUGACGUGACGCACAUGAAGUGCCGCCCCUAGCACACCAUGGACGCGUCGUGCUGCAGCUCGGCAACAGACGACAAUGUAACGCAAGAUCUGAACUUCCUCCACCUCUGCGUUAGCUUAAAAUCACGUGUGGACAGCUGCAAAUUAAACUCAAAUUCUCACCUGAAGAUCCGAUCUCCAGAGCUGUGACUCGCCAGGAAGCAUCUUCUUGGCCACUGUCUUUGUCAUGACGGGAUCGUGGGUCUUUUAGCUCGAGAUAUUUCUCUCCUCAUCAGGUCUUUGUCGCAUACGAGACAAGAGACAAGACCAAAGUUUUCUUAAUACAUGCAUGGUGAGGAGAGGAGUCGAGCUGCCACAGGAGCAGAGAGUGUGGGGUUGUUCAGUGAAAAUAAUAGGGGCGUGCUUUUCGAUGCGUGGCUUUCGCCGCUGGUGUGUUUUGGCCUUUACAUUAUUGUAUUUAUAGGACAGCUACUGAAGACAGAGACAGCAUUUUUUUCCACUUCCUAAAAACUGAGCAAAGCGGUGACUUCAGCCGGUACAGACUUAGUGAUAUUUAAAUAUUUAUUAGUUUUGAUUUUACUGUUUAUGAAUUCAUGUUUGCUGCAGUCGUGCUCCUCGCAGUGUUUAAACGUGUGCGUGAGGCCUGCGAGGUUCGUGCCGAAUUGGAAAAGUUUCAAAACCUGAAAAAAUGUCAGAGUCAUAUUUUAUUUAAAAAAAAAAAAAAAACAUUUACAGGCCUUUUAAUGCAUGUUGCCAUAGCGACUAUCUCUGCCAUAUGCAUUGGAAAAGGGAAGCACAUAAUUUGAAAAAAAAAAACCAAGAUUGGAAGUCAGAGGAGUGAACAUGUUGUGACCUCCUGCAUGUGUGUAUUGAAUGUUGUAUAUAUGUUUGUUUAUUGAAGGAAGAAUGAUUUGUAAACAUCUCAAUCCUCGACAUGAACGUGUGGAUUGACAGAUUUCAUAUCUGUUGAUAUGGAAAUGUGUACAUACAGUUUCAUAUGUUAUACAUACUGUUGCAUCUUCAACGUGUUGUUUCUCACAGCCGUGUUGCUCAUGUCAAAAUGUUCAUAUUUCUUUCGCUUUAUAUUUUGUGUGUUUUUUCUUCCCGUGUAUCUGAGCAGAGGAUUUUCUGCACGUGCUCACUCGGUGCCAUCUUCACCCACUAACCCUGUAAUAACUGUACAUCCUUUAAACCCCGCCCUGUUUUAUUUCGUCACGUGUCAGUGACCCUCCCUCAUGACUCUUGAGGCUGUAGCCAGAUGUGUGAGCUUUAACCCCGCGGGGACACACAGACGCCUUGUGACCACGCCUCCUGUGCAUAUGUGUAAAUAUUGUAUGUAAAGCUGUAAAUCUUUGAUAUUUGUGGCUGUGAAAUGAACCCGUAUACACUGUACUGUAGUUAUUUAAGAAGAGAUGUUGAGAUUGAAAAAAGAUAUUGUUAAUAAAUACUAAUUGAUAAGUGUA